CUGCGGCGUCAACGAGUGUAGAGAAUGAGUUUCCGGUCCUUGCCGAAGGAGGGCGCGCCCAAACCACAUCUCCUCUGGAUAUACAGAAAUACAUUGAGGUGUUCAUAGUAGUGGAUCACAGUGAGUACCUUAUGAUGCAGCAAGACACUGACAAAAUCAGGAGGAGGAUGUUCGAGAUAUUGAAUUUUGUGAACAUGGUAUACAGACCUCUACAUACUGCAGUUGUCCUUGUAGGACUAGAGAUAUGGAAAGACAAAGAUCAGAUCCCUGUUGUGAAAAACAGUGGGGCGACUUUGAAUACUUUUACAGAUUGGAAUAAGAACGUCCUCGAGAAAAUCAGGAAACAUGACAACGCUCAGCUGAUAACGGCAGUGCAGUUCGACAAAGGAAUUCUUGGCUCCGCCUAUAUUGGAACAAUGUGUGGAAAAUACUCCACUGGAGUAGUGCAGGAUCACAGCAGGGAUGUCAUCCUCACGGCGGCAACGUUUGCUCAUGAGCUGGGGCACAAUCUGAAUAUGCAACACGACAGCAGCCACUGCUCCUGCAAGGAUUGCAUCAUGACCAGCCAUCUCAGCGGUGGCUCGCAUCCGAGACAGUUCAGCAGCUGCAGUAAGGAGGCUUACACCUCCUUCCUGGAGAGGCCAGGCAUCAUGGCCUGCCUUAUAGUCAACCCGUUUCACAGAACCCUGAUCCCCGUGUGCGGGAAUAGCCUCCUGGAAGAGGGCGAACAGUGCGACUGUGGCUCUCCAGAGGGGUGCACCAAUCCAUGCUGUGAUGCGACGUCCUGCAAAUUCACUAAAGGAGCUCAGUGUGAUAAAGGAGAGUGCUGCAAGGACUGCAGGUUCAUCCAGUUCACCAAGCAGUGCAGGGCCCAGGUGGAUGAGUGUGACCUCCCAGAGUACUGCACGGGCUCCUCCGCUCACUGUCCAGAUGACACCUUCCUGCAGGACGGCACCCCCUGCGCACAUGACACAGGGUACUGCUUCAAUGGCCAGUGCCCUAACAGGGCGGAGCAGUGCAAGGCAGUGGGUGGAAAUGAUACAAAGGAGGCUGAAGACCAUUGCUAUCAUUCUAACUCUUCACUCCAUCAUGGUAACUCUUCAAAGGAUGCAAUGUGUGAAAUGCUGCUGUGCACCAGUGGAAACAAAGAUCAGUCCAACGAUACAUGCACAGACGUCAUCUCACCUAGCAACAGAUCAGACCACAACCAGGUUCUAAAUGGCACCAAGUGUGGUGAAGGGCAGGUUUGCAUGAGUAAUAAGUGUGUGGAGCUGGGGAAUGUAUAUACCACGAAUAACUGCAAAGAGAAAUGCAUGUGGACACAUAAGGUGUGCAACAAUAAACAGGAGUGUCAGUGCGAAGCAGGCUGGAUCCCACCUCUUUGUGACAAGAAGUAUCAAGGGGGCUUGGGUUUAACUCAAAGUCAUCAUCCCUCAAUACUUUCAAAAGGCGGAAUCAUUGCUAUUGUGGUUGUCAUAGCGGCAGCUGUCUUGGCUCUAGUAUUGGUCAAAGCUGUGUGCUUCUGCAGAAAGAGAGACACACCUAUCAGCCAGCACAGGUACUACCAACAUAUCCCUACCCUACUGUUUGAGCUGCAGAGGAGUCUGGUGAGCAUCUAAGGGUGGGGAUGAAGAUCCCCUAGGCCUGAGACCCCUCUCCUCUUCUGGGUUGGCCUGUGCUCUGGUCAGUCGCUCUCGGCAGCACAUCCAUCAUCCUCCUCCUCUACAGCAGGGAUUUCCAAACUGUGGUAUGUGUACCACCGGUGGUACACGAGCAUCCACUAGGGGGUACGCAAGUUGAAUUGGGCAAUGUCGGAAAGGUGUUUUUUUAAAAAAAAAUUUUUUUUAAAUCUUAAACCUAUGUUCUCUUUGUUCUUUG